AAGUCCCAACAUUGUAAUUGGAUUAAUUAGAGAUAAGUUCCUUAACCUCUGAAAGGAAACAAUUGGGAAGUUGACUUUUGCUAUUCUCAGAAAUUCCCCAGACAGGGGAUGCCAGAAAAGUUCAGGGAAUUCAAUUCUCUUGUCUCAGUUUUCCAUCUCAUUCACUUAAACACACACAGUUUCACCGUCCAGCAAAUAUUUUUCUAAAUCUUCAUUUUCCUGGGUUUUAGGAUAGACUUAUCUUGUUCUAUUCCUCUAUAACUUUCUUCAUGAGAAAGUCAUUAAGUACUGGAAUUGGCACAUGCAAAUAUUGGCAUGGGUGGUGCCUUGUGAGUCCAUAGAAGAAGGUAAGCAUUAAGUGGUGCUCUUUUGGGUGGAACAGACUCUGACUCAGGCGGGGUCUUCACACACAUUGCACCAUUCAUUUUUGCUACUCUAGCUUCCAUGUAUUUCAAUCAUGGGCAGUCUUCUUCGAUUUGCCCACUCUUUCAGCAGAUGGAUCACACUUUAGAUAUCAUCCUAUUAAAGUCUCUCCUGCCAACUUCAAUGACAGGAGGAGAAAGUGACUCUGUAGCUUGACUUAGAGCAGAUAUUACAGUCAUCCUCACCAGAACCACUUGUAAAAUGGUCACUGUGGGGGUGUUAAAGCUAGUUUUCAUCAACUGCUGAGUCAUGCAAGAAUAUCCUUUUGAAAAAUUCAAGGGGGCUGGCUAAAACAUUUUCAUGCCUGAAAGUCUCUGGUGAAAAUGAAGGCAUUAGCUUCUUUCAAACCUGGGGAUAGAACUACACAGAAACCUAAAUAUUGCUGAGGACCAAUCUUGGCCCAAGAUUUCCAAGUUUUAAAUCAGUGCAAACUAACAUACUGUUUAUAUUUCCUUGUGUCUGCGAAACAAAAAUCUCUGUCUACCUGGAGUGACUUGUGCAAGUGAGUCAGUUUUCUGACUACGGAAGUUUCAGAAGAUAAAGUUAAGAAUCAAGGCAAUAAGCAAUAUUCAAGCACAGCCAUUUUUGCCAUGGGGGUGAAGCAUGCCCGCCUAUGAUUCCUGUUCUUCACUGAAAUGCCCUGAGGAUGAAAUAUUGGUGCAUGGCAAGAAGUCAGCUGGGUACACAGAGGAGCCUGAUGGGGAGGUGUCAGCUCCUGAGCUUUAGAACAUGGCUGCUACGAGCAAUGUGACUGAAAUCAUUUUCUUGGGAUUCUCUCAGAACCGGGGCCAGAAGGCCAUUUCUGUGCUGUUUCUCCUCUCGUACGUGGCCAUCCUCCUGGGUAAUGGUCUCACUGUGGUGACCAUCAUGGCCGGCAAAGGGCUCACGUUCCCCAUGUAUUUAUUCCUCAGCUACUUGUCCUUUGUGGAGAUCUGCUACUGUUCUGUCACAGCCCCCACACUCAUCCUGGACUCUUUUAUGGGGAGGAGAGUCAUUUCCCUCAAGGGCUGCGUCACACAGAUAUUUUCCCUCCAUUUCUUUGGUGGCACCGAGAUCCUUCUCCUGACGGUGAUGGCCGACGACCGCUACGAGGCCAUCUGCACACGUCUGCACUACCCGGUCGUCAUGAACCGGAGGGUGUGCGGCCUCCUGCCGGGGGCGGCGUGGGGCGGGCUGCUGCAUCCGGUCGGGCAAACCGUCCUCAUUUCCCAGCUGCCCUUGUGUGGCCCCAAGGUCCUUGACCACUACUUCUGCGAUGUCCACCCGCUGCUGAAGCUGGCCUGCUCAGACGCCGUCCCCGUCGGCGCGCCAGUCGUCACCAAUGGCGGCUCCAUCUCCGUGCUCAGCUUCACGGGGCUGCUUGCGUCCUACGUGGUCAUCCUGCGCUGCCUGAGGACCCAGACCUCAGAAGGCCGGCGCGGGGCCCUCUCCACCUGCGCCUCGCACCUUGCGGUCGUGGCCCUCUUCUUCGUUCCCUGCUCCUUUGUCUACAUGAGGCCCUGUAUCACCCUCCCUGUCGACAAAAUAAUCGCUGUGUUUUACACGGAGGUCACACCUCUCUUAAACCCUGUCAUUUACUCAUUCAGGAAUGCUGAAGUGAAAGACGCCCUGAGGAGACUGAUGCGGAGGAAAGGGAGUGGGGAAGAGAAAUAGAUGAUUCCAUCAGGGAAAAAUGGGGAGCAAGGCAUACGAAAUUGGGGUACCGAGAUUUCACUGUCUACAUUUAACUGACCGGGAGGUCUUGGCCCAGC